UUAUCUUUAAGCUUGCGGGCGCAGUACUUUAGAAGAGUGAUUGAACGCAUUUAAUUCCGCGUCGUGGUGCUAUAUGUUUUAGCGGCUAUUUCACACUUUCAGAUAUGAAGGAGCAAAGUGCAGGUGUGCGUCUCCCUCAGAUGAUUCCAUUAAGCGCAGCGGAUCACUGGAACACACCAGAGUCGGUCUGAAGUUGCGGUCUGUUGUCGCCAGAUGCAAACCGAUGAUGCGUGUCACUGUGUCAGAGCGCGACUCCUCGCCAGCUCACCUCGCUAUGUGACAGCGACUCAGCCGACUCCUGCAGCUCAGGAAACGACUUCCGCACAGAGUCGUUGGCUAUCUGAGAUGCUACUUUGUUUGGUCAGUUGGGGACAAAGUGUCACAUGGUGCAAUGCCGCCUCCACUAUUUACGUCGACGUUGCACCUCGCGGACGCGUUGCGUUAAUUUCUGAGGACGUGCACAAGCGACAUUCCAAGUGACCGCAGGAUACGCGCGGCGGCCAUCUUGCAUAUGCGUAGGGAACAGCAAGUAUAAAUAAUCUUUAGGCUAUAGGCCCCAGUAAAUGAGCUCAAUCUGCUGUAAAACUAACCGAGAUUUCGCGUGGUUCCCCGCCAGCGCUUUGUCAUACCAAUGAGAGGCGCGCACGCGCGCUCACGCGUAGCAUUGACGUCGUCAUCAGCCGCUGGAUUUAGCGCAGCGCGCACGUUUACCGUCUUCCAAACUGAAUACCAGGAUUUACAAAAAUAUGUAACAAUAAUACUAGGAACAUAAUAACGCUUCUUCACUUGUGACCUCGUUUUUCCAUCCAUGUCUCGUCUUUCGCGACUGUGUCCUGUGAUAAUUUAUGGGUGAGGGAGGUUUAUUCUGAGAACCGCUUUCUAUCUUCGGCCCUGUUUCCUACCCCUUAUUUAUUUAUUUAUUUAUUUAUUUAUUUAUUUAUUUUAUAAUUUUUUUUUUUUUUUUACCCUGGGUUACUGGAAGACGGCGAAAACGCGAUGGAUGCCUGUACGCGCGAAACGAAAGGAUCCAAGUGCCGGUUCUUCUUUACACUGACUUUGCGGUUUUAAAAACCCAUUCGGUUCUUCUGUUGAGAAAGCUUUUCUGAAGCGUCUUCUGAUGUAUUCUUGUGUGCGCGUUUUCUUUGCCCACCACACUGAAUUGCUUUUUUUAAAGACUGUCACGAAUAUAUGAGGAAGAAAACCCAAAUCCACAGACGUCUAUUAAAACAUGGCAUUUAAAAUAGCGUCUUUAGUAAAUAGAAUCGUUUCCUGCAUCCCUUCGUGAUCUCCGCUGUAUUGGCAAACUGGGCGAGACGUAAAGAGCGCGCGUACUGUGUCAUUUUUGCACCAGAAGAAACUGUACUUCAGGACUGGACAUGUUGACAGUAACGUAAAGAUGGAUGUAGUUUUUGCUUUCCUGUGGCUGCUAGCUGUGUUCCUAAAGGGCAUUCUCGGCCAGGGAGUGUACGCUCCUCCAACUGUUCGCAUCAUUCACUCUGGUCACGCAUGUAAUGUGGAGGAAGAGCGCUACACUGAGAGAGUGUAUACGAUCCGGGAGGGUGAGACGCUCGAGCUGGCCUGCCUGGUCUCAGGACAUCCACGACCACAGAUACGAUGGACCAAGACAGCGGGCAGUGCUGCAGAUCGCUUUCAUGAGUCCAGCGUGUUCAAUGAGACUCUGCGCAUUACUCACAUCCAGAGGCACCAUGGUGGCCGUUACUACUGCAAGGCAGAGAAUGGCCUUGGCACCCCUGCCAUUAAGUCCAUUCGAGUGGACGUCUAUUGUGAGUUACCCUCUACCUAUCUGGAUGACCCAGUGGUGACAGUACACCAAAGUGUGGGAGAGGCUAAGGAACAAUUCUACUAUGAAAGAACAGUUUUCCUACGGUGUGCUGCCAACUCCAACCCGCCAGUGCGUUACAGCUGGAAACGUGGACGUGAAUUUUUGUCCCAAGGUUCUGACAAGGGUGUGGAGAUCUAUGAACCUUUCUUCACACAGGGAGAAACAAAAAUCCUCAAGCUGAAAAACCUUCGACCUCAGGACUAUGCCAACUAUACCUGCACUGCUUCAGUGCGCAGUGUCUGUGGCAUCCCUGAUAAGAGUGUACUCUUUCAGCUCACCAACACAACAGCAUCUCCAAGUAUUAAGCUGCUAGUGGAGGAUCCCAUAGUGGCCAACCCAGGACAGACACUGACACUUGUGUGCAUAAGCACAGGUGGAGAGCCUAUGCCAGUCCUGACGUGGGUACGUCAUGGUGAGAAACUCCCUCAAAAUAGCCUUCUGAAUGGCGGCACUCUUACUAUACCUGCCAUCAGCACAGAAGAAACAGGCAUCUACAGUUGCGUUGCCAGCAACAAUGUGGGAAACCCAGCCAAGAAAUCCACCAACAUCAUUGUUAGAGCUCUGAGGAAAGGCCGUUUCUGGAUUACGCCUGACCCAUAUCACAAUGAUGACAACAUCCAAAUUGGUCGAGAAGUGAAGAUCUCAUGCCAGGUGGAGGCCACACCAGCUGAGGAGCUAAUAUUCAACUGGCUGAAGAAUGGACGAGCUCUGCGCAGCUCAGAGCGCAUGGUCAUCACCCAUACUGACCCUGACGUUGCACCAGGAACCACUAACCUGGACAUCAUUGACCUCAAGUUCACAGAUUUUGGCACCUACACCUGUGUGGCAUCACUCAAAAAUGGAGGCAUACCUGAGAUUAGCAUUGAUGUUAACAUCUCAUCCACCACAGUUCCCCCAAGCCUGACGGUCCCAAGAGGGAAGUCCCCAUUAGUGGUACAGGAAACUGAGACAGUGGAGUUGCAGUGUCUGGUGUCAGGCAAGCCCAAGCCCAUUAUUCUGUGGUCCCGUGCUGACAGGGAAAUGGCCAUGCCAGAUGGAAGCAUGCAGAUGGAGAGUUACGAUGGCAUUCUGCGCAUUGUCAAUGUCUCACGUGACAUGAGUGGCACAUACCGCUGCCAGACCAGCCAAUACAACGGCUUCAACGUCAAACCCAGAGAGGCUGUAAUUGAGCUCAUUGUUCAAUAUCCCCCUGCAGUGGAGCCGAUGUACACUGAGCUACGCCAGGGCCUGGGCCGGGCAUUCACAAUGAAUUGCAGAGUACUGCGCGCACAUCCAUCUCGUGUGGUGAAAUAUGAGUGGAAGCUAGGUUCACGCCUCCUCACCAUGGGCCAGUUGGAUACACGUGAUGACACGGAGUACCAUGUCAAGGCACUGAACCGUGAGGGCUAUGGUGCCUACACCUGCGACAUCAGCAAUGAGGCUGGUGUUGGCCGCUGUACCUUUCUUGUCACUGGCAAGGCCUUCGCUCCAGAGUUCUACUAUGACACAUAUAGUGCACUCUGGCAGAACAAGCCCAGAGUGUAUGGUUUUAAACUCCAAUGGACACAGAUGAACCCCAACGCAGUGGACCGCAUCAUGGCCUACCGGCUUGGUAUCAAACAGACAGGACAACAGAGAUGGUGGGAGCAGGAGAUCCCCAUGGAAGGGACCAUUCAGAAAGGUGAGCUCAUUACCUACAACCUGACAGAGCUUGUUAAACCCGAGGCCUACCAGGUGCGCCUCACCCCCAUCACCCGCUUUGGAGAAGGAGAUUCCACUGAGAGGAUCAUCCGCUAUAGUGCUCCUGUAAACCCUCAUUGGAGUAAAUUCCACUGUGGUUUUGAAGAAGAAGCUAUAUGCAUGUUCACCCAAGACAAGACAGAUGAAUUUGAUUGGACAAGACAUAGUGCUGCCAUCAGGGACACAAAGUAUACUCCCAAUACUGGACCCAGCAGUGACCGUAGUGGUUCAAAGCAAGGUUAUUACAUGUACAUUGAAACAUCACGCCCUCGUCAGGAAGGAGAUAAAGCACAAUUGUUGACCCCACUGUUCAGCGUUGUUCCAAAAAAAUCCUAUGGGAAUGUGGCCAAUAAUCCAACCUACUGCUUUAGCUUGUACUACCAUAUGUAUGGGAAACAUAUAGGCACACUGAAUGUGUAUUUAAGACAGAAGAGUCAGACUGGUGAGGAUAGCCCUGUGUGGACCUUGAGUGGGAGCCAAGGAGACCGCUGGAAACAAGCUAGGGUAAACAUUCACCCUACGGCCUCCUUUCAGAUGAUUUUAGAAGGCAUUCGUGGUUCUGGCAUAGAAGGGGAUAUUGCUAUAGAUGAUGUUGCCAUCGAGGAGGGAGAAUGUCGAGACCCCCCUCCUAAUAGUAACCUUAGGUCCCUGGCCCCUUCUGCAGCAAAGCAUAUAUGGAAGUUGUGUAUUACUCUGCUCUUGGUCUUGGUUGGCCAAUGGAGGUGACCAUGUUUUAGAAAGAUCCAUUCAGAUUCUUGCAUUUUGGGAAUUUUGACAGACAAGUACUGUCUGGAAAAUACCAAAGAUCAAUCCAGUCUGUAAGAGAAAUCACAACACAAAAUGUACAUCCCAGGAGGUGUCAAUGAUUAAGUAACAACUGAUGAGCCAAUUACAGAAGACCAUGCAGGGUCAGGAUUCAAAAGCCUAUUACAUUUGCUGUAGUUCUUAAGGUGUGAAUUGCUGUGCCUGGAUUUUUUAACGACAAUUAAUUGAGAGACUGCAUGUGAGAAUUUUCUCAAAGCACAAAGACACAAUAUUUUCUUGAAGAUUUUACUUUAAGUGUCUCUUACUGUGUUUAUUUUAAAAGCCACUUCUUGCCAAUAUACGAAACUCAUGGAUGAGAUAAAGCCCCUACUUAAUAGUGAUAACAAAAUCAGUGAUAGAAGUUAUAAUUUAUUUGUAAAUAAUCAUUUUCUUAUUAUUUAAUGUUUUAUUAUAAAUAGUCAAUUCAAUAGGAAUUCAGUCAAUUCAGAGGAACAUGUUUUAAAUUAUGUUUCCCCCACAUGUUUAACUAAAUUGUCGUGCCUGAAAUCUGUAGUCUUUUAAAAAAGAAGAUUGGGCUGAGUUGGGCUUAUCUCUUGGUGUUUUGUUUUGUUUUGUUUUCCCCCCCUAAAACUGGCUAUUCUGAGCAUUGGCUAGGACAUGGACUAAUACCAUUGCAAAACCAGAUACAAUCUCUGAAGUUUAACUUUUCCUGUUGUUUGUUAUUUUUACUCCAUUUGUUUCUUUACUAUAUUUGUUGUAUGGGUGUCAUCACUCAUAUUAGGUAUUUGUCCAAUAUAACACCCUUUCUCCGAGCAUCACUGAGUUGACUUUUUUAUUUUAGUAUGGCUCCAUAAACACAGGCUGCCCUCUGCCUACUGAAUUACAAACUGUGCCAGUCUGAAGCUGUGCCAGUCUGCAACAGCAGUUGUUUUCUUGAGGUACAGUAGGAAAGCUGUCUUUUUCCAAGACCUUUCAUGAGGCUCCUUGACUGCUGGUGCCUGCAAUGGAAUCAAGUGCCUUCAGAACUUCGUGUAACAUCAUUCUGUUUAAAUACCUGCUGAGCGAUUGAUCUUCGUCAUACUUUAUAAAAAUAAGACAAAGUGCAAAACUGUAAGAAGUGAGCAUGACAAAUGGCUUACCCCAGUACCACAUCCUGUCCCAUCAUAGCUUGUUAUUCACAUCAUAUGGUCAUUCUUUUCUUUGACAGCCAUUGCUUUAAGGCUUACAAUCUGUCAUGCUCUAAAUCUUACUGAGGUGGAGAAAUUGAGAUCCAUGAUAGAAUUAUUGGAGGACAAAGACCUUACACAAUGGACCUUACACAAUCAAGUAUGAAAUCCAGAGCCAGAUCUGUGUUCUAGGUAAAAAGAAAUACAGCUAGGAGGGUCACUGUGAAAUCCUUCUUCACUUCAAUGAGAGGCUUGUGCUGUUGAAGAUUUUUUUAAGGACUGAAUGAUACAAAGGCUGAUAUGUGUUUUAUCUAAACAUCUUAAUGAGCUGGGUCCAUCAACUUGGAUUCUUACAAAUGAUAUUUUAUUAUCCUGCUGAUUUUACACAAACUGUUUAAAAAAAUUCUCUGAACUACCUAAGGCCAUCUGUUAUCUUAACUAGCUGGUUUUUGGAAAUGUAUUGUUCAUAAGUUUUGUUUCUGGGGAAGUUUUGAUUUUCCUCCCUCCCUCAACAUGUUGUUCAGGCAACAUUUUUCUUUGUUUUUAAAAUGUACAAGUCCCUCUUUAUUCUUGUAUUAUUCAAUAAAAUAUUAUAUGAAAUUAUAGUACCAUAUUAUGAAUAUAACAAUGUAAAAUUUGAGAUUUAUAUUCAAAUAUAUUGGAUAGGACCUCCUGUCCAGAGGAUUUCACAUUUUUAAAUACUAUGAAAAAGCACAACAUGUAAUCACUGUCACAACACACUAAACACAGUACCUCCCACAAAUAAUAAGUUUUUUUCUUGAAUUUGAUUAAUGCCACAUUUGAUAGGAAGAAUUCCCCAAUAAUAUGAUAUUUUAAAUCUCUGAUCAAUAAAAAGAUUUCAUGGUAA